UCUUGUUCUUUCUCUCGUGCAAUGACUCCAAAGUGCGGCACACGCUGCCUCUACUUCGUCGGGCAGGCCUUCCUCUGCCUGUGCCUAACCACUUUCAUAUUCUGGUUGAUCUUCCUUCCCAAAGAGCCUAAAUUCACCGUCUCCAAUGCCUCUCUAACCCGAUUCAACUUCACCAACACCGACAACACUCUCUACUACAAUCUCAUGCUCAACGUCACCAUCCGAAACCCCAACAAAAGGGUUGGCAUAUACUACCGCCGCAUCCAAGUCUUUGCCAACUACAGAAAAAAGAGGUUCGCUAAUGUGACAUUGCCUUUGGAGCCGUUUUACCAAGGCCGCAAGAACACGACCACUUUAAACCAUGUACUCGUUGAAGGUCAGCAGUGGGUGGCAUUUGGGGAACACGACCUUUCUCAGUUUAACUCGGAGACUGCUGCCGGUGUUUACAGUAUUGAUGUGGAGAUUUAUCUUCUGGUAAAGGCCAGGUACGGCAAGGUCAAGACAUCAGAUUACGGUUCUAGCAACAUCGACUGCAAGCUGAAGGUUCCUGUGAGUUCUAACAACACAUCCGUGAGUGGUUUCAAUCCCACAAAAUGCAGGAAUGUUCAUGUCCUCCGCGAAUCCUAGACACAAGCCACGGAUUUGCGAUUUUCGAUCCAAAAAAUAUGACCCUUUUCAACAAUCUCAUCCCUGAUGUAUCAAAUUGUCGUUGAUAAAUUCUUGUAUGAUUAAUUGUGAUAAUUUUUUAACUCAGC